UGGUACCUUGUGUACAUACUGGAUCGUUGAGCGGCACACCAUUUAUCGAUUAGAUUGUCACUAAAAGAAAUUAUUGAAAAUGAAAAUUGAAUUUAAAUUUUUUGUUAUAUUUCAUUUUUUUCAAUUUAAUGUAUGUUUAUAGAGUUAUCAAUUUAUAAAAUUGGACAUUCUCCUUAAGAAUGGCACUAGAUAUAGGGGGUUGUACGUACAGAAACAAUACAAUAAACCGCAAACAAAGGUUUUAAUAAAGCGUGCUCGAGUGUGUGAAAUAUAUCAUAAAAUUCGAUAUUUUACAUUUAUCGUAAAAUUUAUAAUAACGCUUGUUUGUGUUGUUACGAAACGUCGGACUGGUCGAUGCAAAUUUUGGAUAGCUCCCUCCGCAAUGUACGAUACGUUAUCAUAAAGUUCACGACGAUACAUGACACAAGGUAUACAUGUUUCGAUUAAAUAAAAGCCUUUUUCACGCGAUUAACUGAUUCAAAUUAUCCCAUGACGCGAUUGGGUUUACAUUUUGAUCUCAUUACUUCAUUCAGAAAAAUGGAGAGUCUAAGGAGAAGCUUCAAACCACCAAAGAUGCUAAUAAAACUGUAUUCUCUUUUCAUUCUGAUACUGGAUCUUGCAACACUUUUAAUUGGGAUUUUCUUUGCUAUUUUAAUUGCAGUGUACAGAACAUUUAGACCUCCACCUUUGAAAAGUCUUCAUGGGGAAGUUGCAAUGAUUGUUGGUGCAGGACGUGGAAUAGGAAGAGAAUUAGCGAUUCAUUUGUGUCAGUUGGGUGUUAGUGUUGCUUGUGUAGACAUUAAUGUUGAAAAUUGUAAUACUACUGUGCUAAGUGCCUCACAGGGAAUAGGGAUAGCUAAACCAUAUAUUUGCAAUGUAACUAUUAAGAACGAAGUAGCUCAUACAGUGAAUAUUAUUCAAUCUCAAUUAGGCAAAAUUACAAUGCUUUUUCAUUGCUGCAGUAUACCUAGCCCUAGAGCCUUAAUACAAGAUCGACCGGAAAUAAGACAUACAAUUGACUUAUCUGUUAUUAGUCACUUCUGGUUAUUGGAAACAGUUUUACCUUGUAUGGAACAAACUGGUAAAGGACACAUAGUGGUCUUGUCUUCUGUUGCUGGCUUAUCGGGUGGUGCCACUGGAGGCAGUAGAGUUCCUUUGUCCACCGCACAGUUUGCAGUUCAAGGAUUAGCAGAAUCACUGCAUACAGAAUUAAGACAUUCUAAUAGUAACAUUAUAAUUACUUUAGUUCAUGUUUAUCCGUUUAUCGUAGGCGCAGAAGCUGCUAAAGAUAUUCGUUUUAGAAUACCAAGUUAUUUCGGCACAAUGCCCGCCGCGGAAGCGGCUAAGCAAAUUUUAGACGGCGUACGGCGAAAUUACGCGGAAUUUAGUGUACCUGGUUAUUUACUUUAUCUGGGACACGUUCUUAGAAUACUUCCAAAGAAAGCAUCGUUUAUGUUACGCGACUUACUAGACACAGGAGUUGACUUUGGAUGAUAUUUUGUUUUUCUAAUCAAAUAUGAACAUCCGCUUUCCUUAUAUAACUAUAAUACAUAUUAUGGGAAAAUGUACAAGAGGAGUUUCAAAUUUAUAUAACAGAAUAUUUUAUUUACCUUUUCUACAUUGUUCGAUCAUUGAAAUGUCACCUGUUAAACAUCUCCCUUUUGUAACUCUUGUUUCAUAGUAUUGAUAUCAAAUAUACUACGUAUUUAGGUAGAUAAUAAAAAUAAUACGUGAUAUGUAACAGAUGCGCUAAGUAAUUACGAAUAAUCUGUAGAAUGAUUUGUUAAUUAAUACAAGAAAUAAAGAUACACGCACAUACGCACACACACGCAAACACAUAUCAUAUAAAAUAUGAUAAAUACAUUUAUGGCAUUUAACAUUUAAAUGUAAGUCAACAACUAUGAGAAUACUUACUUUUUGAGAAUCAUGACAUCUGUAAGAUCAAACAUACAUCAAGUUGAACAUUUAUCAAACAACACGUAUCUAUACAGCGUAAAUCAUAUAUAUUUUGUGAAACAAAUAGAAAACAUUAUCACAUUUCACACUGAAAAAAUGGUCUAUAUACAUGGUGUUGUAAAUGAUUUAACGUGGCAAAAUAUCUAUUUUAGGUGUUUGAUAAAAGAUUCUUUAGAUUCGAUUACCAAGACUGUGUACAAACUUGUAACUAUGUAUCGACAUUUAGAUUUUUUACCAGCAAUUUUGUUGCAAACUUCACGAAGAAUGCCGAGUAUUAAUAAAUAUAUUUUUGUAUAAACAUAGAUAUUCAAUUAACAAUGAUAAUCGUGUUUGAUCCCUUUUAAAAUAAAAUAAGCAUUUGCAUUGAAAUGAAUCGUUUCUCAUAGAGUUAUGAAUGUCUUGAUAUGUA